CAGUUUUGCUUCAGCAAUAGAACCGAGUGCCCGGCGACUUACCACUAUAAAUUGAAAAUGCCUAAGGUUGUGUACCAUUACUUCGCUUGCAAGGCUCUCGGGGAGAGCGGCCGUAUGCUGCUCGCCUACGGAGGCCAGGACUUCGAAGACCACCGCGUGCUCUCCGCUGACUGGCCUGACUUCAAGCCAAAGACUCCGUUCGGUCAGAUGCCAGUAUUAGUGAUCGACGGCAAGCAGUACGCUCAGAGCACCGCCAUCUGCAGGUACCUCGGCCGCAAGUACGGGCUCGCCGGGGCCAAUGACGAGGAGGCCUUCGAGAUCGACCAGAACGUGGAGUUCCUGCACGAUAUUCGCGCCAAAGCGGCCGCUGUAUACUACGAAGCUGAUGAGGAGUUAAAAGCAAAAAAACACGAGGACUUUUCGAAGAACGUAUACCCUGAUAUGUUGAAGAAGUUGAACUCGAUAGUUGAAGCGAACAAAGGUCACAUUGCUGCCGGAAAGCUGACAUGGGGUGAUUUCGUGUUCACCAGCAUGUUUGACUACCUGAAGACCAUGCUUCAAAUACCUGAUCUGGAAGUGCAAUAUCCUGCUUUCAAGAAAGUCUUGCAAUCCGUCCUGACACAGCCCAAAGUGAAGGCUUUCUUAGAUUUGGGAAGGCCAUACGAAUUUGAAUUUUAAUAUUCUAAUUAAAUAAAUAUUUUGUUUU